AUGGCUUCACGCAGCGUGGCGUUGAUUUGCAUCGCUGCGGCUCUUUGGCUGGUCAGUGGCGAACCGCAAACUCUCUCUUCGCCCGCGACGCAGUCAAAUUCGACAUCAUCAUCAUCAUCAUCAUCACCAUCAUCGCCGUCGUCAUCAUCAUCAUCCAUCAGCGGCGGAGAUGAAGUGACUGGCGACGCCGCGGACGCCGCCGUGGGAUCGCGCAUUUCAUCUCUAAUGACGUAUCUUCCAACUCUGAAAAUCCUAGUUAUUUUGAUCUGCGUGUUAACAGCUGCUCUCAUCACAUGCCUGGUCGUCAAAGUGAUCAGAUCUGGGAGACGAAUCAGAAAAACACGAAAGUAUGACAUCAUAACGACGCCCGCGGAGCGCGUGGAAAUGGCCCCUCUCAACGAAGACAACGAGGACGAUGAUGACUCCACGCUCUUUGACGUCAAAUACAGGUGAAUCCAAGCGUCGACACCAGAAGGAGUUUACUGUGUUAAGUCCCACGGAGUCGGCACGUCAUAUGCUGCUUGUGCAUGGCUUUCAUUUGCGUUUAAGGCACCUGAUCUGCAUAGACAUGAUUAUUUGCUGCUUUGUUGAUGCCUAGUUACUUCUAAUAUUAAAGAUCAGGAUGCUUCAUGUUGGUCACCAGGCUGCUCCCUGCCUGGAGGUUCUGUCGCCUCGAUACCCAACAUUUUAUUUUUUAUGUGAAAUGAUUUCAAUUAUCAUUGUUGGCAAUCACAGUUAUUAUCACUUAGAUUAAGUUUUGGUGUCUCUUCGACGCGCUGAUGAUUUACUAUAUUUCUAUCAUGCAGCUUAAAUAUUUGGUGGCGACUGAAGACGUCAGUUGAUGCACAAAAUGUAAAAACAUUACAGAUAUUUUAAAGAAAAUAUUUUAUUCAAGUGAAGACUUUGCACACUAUGAAGAAUAGGCGCAUAACAGUAGUUCUGUCCUCUGUUUUGUAUGGAUGAAGCUUAUAUUUUUUACUUACGUACUUUGAGAUAUUCCUAUUUUGUUGCUUUCGAACAUUUACAUUAUAACAUUUAAUUGAAAGUUAUAAACUAUAUGGUUAAGAAAUGUUUGUAAGAUCCAGAAGCUGUGAAUGUGAACACUGUAAACUGUUGUGAUGAGCUCGGUUCAGACAUGUGACAUUCAAGUAACCACUAAAUAAUAUCAACACAGAGUUUGAAGGCUGUAGUUACAUAGAUACAGGAGUACAGACUAUGUACAAGUACAUAUAAGACAUCCCAGCUUCUUGUUUUCUCAGAAGAAGGUUUAAUUAACAAAAUAUGUUUAGUAAUUCACUUAAAAUGACCCAGGAACCAGGUUGCUCUGGUUUGAGCUGGUCUAAACGCGUGUUAAAUCCGCCACAGUCAUUUCUAUUAAUGCAUCACUGAUGUGUUUUUGGUCAGGAGCCAUUUCUCCUUUUUUAAACUCAGUAUAGAAGCUCCCGGUUUCUUCAAAUACCUGCAGUUUGUUUGAGGACGUAUCAGUUUGUUUUAGUGUGUCAGAGAAUUACAAAAGGAAAACAGUUUUGUUUACUGAUUUUUAAUGAUUGAAUGACUAUGGUGUAGCUACUUUAAUGAUUAAUGCAUAAAUAAAAUGAUAAUUAUUUGAGAGUAAAAUAUUUGAUAUAAAUGAGAGUAAAGCCGCUGGAGCGUCUGAGCGUUGAUGCAAUCACUGAAUGACUCGUCCAAAUGAAGCUUUUAACCAUGUUUUGGAUCUGAUGUUCCCUUCGCAGGCAGACGUGUCUUCAUCACACUGUAAAUUUAAUUUGAGCGUCAUGUUUUAGUCUUUCACUGUUAAACCAUUGUUGUCUCUCAGGCAACUGCUGGACUGUCACUGGCAGCACCUUUUUAUCUUUAGUGUGUUCGUGUGUGGAGUUGUGGAAAAAAGGCUGCUCAUAAAGAUGCCAAUUCUGGACUUUGCUCCACAGACAUCUUUCGUAAAGCUCUCGUGAAGAAGAAUCUGUGCGUUCGUGGUAGCCAUUUGUAAACCGUAGCUAAUUUCCAGAAUCCCACAUUAAAAGAAAAAGAAGUUAAACGUU